AUGGCUAGAAAAAGGGAUAAAGAAUUGGAAGUAUGGCUAAUGAAUAUGCAGAAUAGGUGGAUGCAUUAUAGACAAAAUGAAGAAAAUGAAUACAAAGCGGAAGCCAUGAAGAACUCAUCAACAUGGGACGACAGCCAAUGGGAGCAAUGGAUUAAAACAGAGGGGAAAAAAGGCUUGGAAGCAGAUUUGAAAAAAUGGUUAAAUGAUAAAGAAACCUUUUUGGAUGGAUGGAUUUCUAAAGAAUGGGUUCAGUGGAAAAACGAAAGAAUGCUUCAGUGGUUAUCAGUUGAUUGGAAACAUAAGGAAGAUGAGACUUUUGAGCAUUAUAAAUCAAGCAAAUUUACGAAUGUGUUACAUAUAAAGAAGAAGAAAAAAUAUACCAAAUGGAAAGAAAGAACAAAUAAGGAAAAGGAAGAGUGGAAUAAUUGGGUAAAGGGGAAAGAAAAUUUAUAUGUAAACAAUAAAUGGGAUAAAUGGUUAAAAUGGAAAAAGGAUAAGCGCGCUGUGUAUAAUCAAAAGUUUGUAUCCUUCAUUAACAAAUGGAUAAGUAACAAACAGUGGACAGUAUGGAUUGAGGAUCAAAAAGGUUCAACUUUUGGCCUAUAUAAAACCGUGACCAGAGAAAAACUUAUGAAUGGUGAAUAUGAAAAUGGAAUGCAUAACAAGUAUAAACUGUACAUUCCUUUCUUCUAG